AUGUCUCCAUAUCCCCAAGUCAGUCCCUGGGCAAUUCUCAGCACCAUUGACCGGGAUGACGAGUCGGGGAUCCUCUAUGAAGAUGAACGCCAGCAAUGGCUUCGACAGCAUCCACAUGCUGUUCCUCGUACUGCAAAGAGGAGUGGCAACAAAAGUCAACGUGCCUUCGCAGACAGAGGCUCCAGCAUGGCUGAAGGCCUUCGUGGUAUUGCGGAACGCGGUGCAGCCCGUCGGAAGGGAAUUGCUGUGAACAAGAAUGAUGUAUUUACCAAACCAUUGCCACCCAUUCCUCAACAGGAGAGUCCUCAGCCGGCCACCACAGUUGCUCAGGAUGGUGUUUUGCAAGGUUCUGGUCGCGAGAUCAACAAGAUGAGCAUUUAUUACGUACUUGACAGAUCCAACAUGGAAGGCCACCACGACAAAAGCCCAUUUCCUCAACCUGAAAAUUCUCAGCCUUCUACCGAAGUUGGCCAGAAGGCAGUUGUUGAUGGCCCUGUGCACUCGAGUGAAAAGAUGAAACCGAAUAUGCUUCUCAGGGAAUGCAAGCUGCAAGGAUACGAUGAUGAGACUCCUUCCAUUCAACCCAGAGCAUUUGAGCCGGCCAUGCCAUCCUUUUCGCAUCACUACUACAAUGCGCAAGCCUCCUACACCAAUGACUCCUCUGGUUCCCAUCGCUUGGAUCAUGCUGCUCCUGCGUUUGAGGCCCCCUAUGCUCAAGUCAAUCCCAGUUUUCAUCGCAACGGCCACGGUCCAACUUCUUGGUACGAAGCUGCACCCAUUGGCCACGAAUAUUCUCCGGAUAUUCAGGCUGCAGUAGCUCCCAACGCUACCCCAGACCCCGAAAUCAAGCAAGAAUAUCAAUUCACCGAAGUGGGGGUAAACAUUGAUGAAAUGCUUGCCUUGAUGAACCAGGAAAAGGAAAACGAGCACCUUGCGAAUGAGAAUCACAACCCAGCAAGUUCAUAUUCUGCUUACCAUUUCGUUCCCCCAAAUCCGGCAUCUGUGGAUAUCUACCAUGCGGACCAGCGCUCUGGUCCUGGUACCCAGGCCCCUGAUUCCCUCAUUAUUAAUGCUGAAAGUUCUUUACUUGUGGGCUCUAGAACCAUUCGUCAAGUUACACCUGCAACGCCUGUGUGGUCCCCAACUCCUGUUCCACUUUCUGCUUACCGUUUCACUCCCGACCAACGCUCUGCUCCUGAUGCUGAGAGUUCGUUAUUUGUGAGCCCUGGCCCCAUUCACGAAGAUACAGCAUCUCCUAUCUCAUCCCCUUAUCCUAACGGAUAUUGCUAUUGGUCUUCAGACGAAUCUGAACCUGAAACUACUCCACCACCUGAGCCCCGAUUUGAACGGGGACGGUCUGGUUCUGAUGUACCUAUGCAAGAAUCACCUGUGUUGCCUUCGUCUCCUCCUCAGGUCAUUUCUCUCCAAAGAGUUUUCACCUGGCGUUCGGACAACCCCAACGGGAUGGACACUGACUUUGUUGUACCCCUUGAACAUAUGUUUGCUCGGGACUACACUACCCCUGAUUCGCCUCUACUGGAUUCACCUCUAUCUCCUGCUCCAGCUCCUCCUUCUCCUGAGCGUCGCCCUGCUCCUCGUGAGUUCUCCUAUGCUGAUGCGCCUCGAGUUGGAAUUUAUCCAUCUUAUAUCCCCCACGAUCCCCGGCUUACGCAAAUUACUUUCCGCCCUGAUUACGUUUCAUCUCCUACUAGCUACUCAAGCCCGUUGAGAGAGGAGAGAGCCAACAUGGAAAAUGUCGAGCAGGCUCUUGUUCCACAAAAAUUGAACGUGACUAAGAACAAAACCGCCUUCACCAUGGAUGUCCCCAUCCACGACGUUUCCCAGCAUCAGACAGCCAUUCACGUGUCCGAGUCUUCCAAUGGUGGACAUAGCCGCGCAGCUUCCUUCGUCGGCAAUGAGCCCAACGUCAACAACAACACUCCCAUCAACGCAACGCCGAGUCGUAUCAGCAAAAGUCCUGAUGUCUGCAGCUCUGAGGGCUCCGAGGACUCUCGUGGAAUCAAGCGCAAGCGAUUUACCAAGAACCUCUUUGGUAAGAAAGGAUACCUUGAAGACAAUGAAGAGCCACGCGACAAGAGAUUCCGCUUCCUGAAGGAAGCCAUCGAAAAGGGACAUUCAACCAUUGGCAGUAUCAAGGGAAUAUUUUGGGAUGAGAAUCGAGCUUUGAUCGGCUCAUCCAAGCCCAGCAUCGUCACUGAGAACACUGCCCCUAUUACUCUGAACACCGAUGUGCAGUCAAUUCUGUACGCCGAGAUUGAGAACAUGAUUACCCACGCGGCCAACGAAUUCCUGAUGAAGGAGUAUUACGAAGGCCACCUCAGCACUAGUUCUCUCCACAAGGUGAAAAGAAGAUGGGAGAAGAAGCACAUGCCUGGUGUCCCUCAAUUCCGUUUCGACCAGAAAACCCAGUAUCGGAUUAUCAGUUCAAACCGCAAUCAUGUCAGAUUCGGCAAAACCAGCAAUGGCCUUGGCCCACACACCAUUCUGAGCAACUGGAAGAAGAUCUACAAGAACAUGAACAUCCGCACCUUUGUGACCCCCGACUCGGUUAUCAAGAAGCACAUCCACGAUAUCCUGGAUCUCUUGGAGCUUUUGAAUGCCGAUGAAUGCCACAUUGAGCUGAUUAUGGCCCUCAAUGCGCACGUUCGUGGAGAGUUGAAGAAGCAUGAAGUGAUGCAGCACUACCGAGACACUCAGAACUCUGGAAACUCUCGCUCUUAA